GCGAGAUUUUCCAAAUGGGGCGGACGCUUCCUCGGAAAAAGAUACGAUUUAAUUUAUGAAAGCGCUAAACCAUUUAAUAUUGUGUAUGGAUUUUGGCCGAAAAUUGUCCCACUUCAGAAACAACGCGACGCUAAUUUCAAGUAACUCGGGUCACUGAUCUUUAAUUUAUUCCGGCAUGGAAGUCACCAAACAUAGUUUCUACGGAGCAAGUGGUAUGAUGGCGCUGGUUGUCUCGCGUUAGCCGCCGUUUUCUCCAUACUCACAAUGGCUUCGGAGCAGAAGACAAGCUGGAUAUUGACUGGUGCUACCGUCGCCUGUGUGCUUGCUCUCUAUGUUCCCUGUGUCCAGAGGACAGUCCCCGGUGGAGAUUCAGGAGAGUUGAUCACCACUGCCUGUGAGCUGGGGGUGGCCCAUCCUCCUGGAUACCCCAUCUUCACUCUACUAGCCCGCCUGACAAUGCAUAUUCUUCCCACAAUGUCACCAGCCCACAGUGUCAGCCUAAUGAGCAGUGUUCUGGGGGCUUUUGCAUGUGGCACCCUGUGCAUGACUGUGUGCAGGCUGGCAGGUCCUGGUUCUGGAGCAGCGCUGGCUGGAGGAGUCUUGGCACUGUCCAGGCUGAGCUGGCAAUGGUCCAUGGUCGCUGAAGUCUUCACCCUUAACAACCUUUUCACCGGGCUGCUUUUCCUUUCGACUGCUAGUUUUCACUUGGCCAAGAAUGCAUUGGAGAGGAGGAAGGCCUCACAGUGGGGUGCACUCUGCUGUGGUUUGGGGCUCUGCAACCAGCAUACAUUGGUGCUGUAUGUACUUGUUGUCAUCCCGUGGGUCUUCCUGGGACUGCACUACCACAGAGAGCUCUCAUUGCGUACCCUUGUGUCCAUGGGAAUGUGCUUCCUGCUGGGAUUCCUGCCGUACAUCUACUUACCAUUGUCUUCCUACAUGAACUCGGCCCGUUGGAGCUGGGGAGACCAGACCACCAUGUCUGGCCUGCUAACCCACCUGCUCAGGGCUGAAUAUGGCACCUUCAGUCUGGCAAAGACAAAGAGCUCUGUGAACCUAACCACAAUGCUUUCGGCCCAGUUGGACCACUACCUCGCAGAUCUUUCACUUCCUGUUGUGAUUUUGGCCGGACUAGGCCUACUUCUCUCGUCAAGGGAUAGAAUGUGCCGCUCUCUUUCCUGGCUGUUAACUUCCAUGCUGUUGGUUUACUCGCUGUUUUUUGCAUGGCGAGCCAACUUGGACAUUAGUAGACCUCUAUUGCUUGGUGUGGUUGAGCGUUUUUGGAUCCAGGGUGAUGCUGUAGUGUGUGUGCUGGCUGGCCUCGGCUGCAGCCUGAUUGUCUCUGGGCUGGAGCGUAGGCUGGGUCACGCAAGGUUGUGGAAAACAACAGGCUGGGUCCUCACCACAGCUCUACUGGCAAACAUGGCACACACUAAUUACAGGGAAUGUGAUCAGAGCAAAAACAGUGUGGUGGAACGGUUCGGCAUGGAGCUUUUAGCUUCCUUCUCAGCAGACGCCAUCAUCCUGACCAGGGGUGAUCUGCCUGGGAACUCCCUCCGCUACCUGCACUACUGUCUUGAUGUACGGCCUGAUGUGCGACUUGUGGACCAAGAGAUGAUGACAUACACAUGGUAUGUGGCAAAGCUAGGGCAUCACCACCCCGGUGUCCACUUUCCUGGCCGCCAGUGGGACCCGGUCCACUCCAAGGAGAAAGACACCUUCAGUCUGGAGCAGUUUUUGUCCAGCAACUCCCAUAGGGAUGUGUUUGCCUGUAUUGGGCUGUCUGAUGGAGACCAGAGCUGGGAGCAAAACUUCUCCACCUGGCCGUUUGGAGUGUGUGACUUUUUGGUGCCUGCUUUAAGGCAGUUUCACCCAAAAGAGUGGGCCAGUCACACACGCAGUCUUUAUAACUGGAGCAAACCACACAACAGUUUCCAUCUCGCAUCAUGGGAGCGUGUGGCGAACGAGGAGAUGUGGCAAGCCAGAAUGAAGACUCCUUUCUUUCUGUUUGACCUGGCGGAGAGGCUGCAGGGAGAGGGCAAAGCUGACCUCUUUGAGCUGUCUUACUUUCUGUAUAAGGAACUUGUUGAGGUCCACUCCAACUACCCUCCAAACUGGGACAAGAACCUGGCGCUGGCCUGUGAGAGGCUUCUUCGCUCAGGUCACCAGGGCCACAGUCCAGACAGCCUGCUGACCUGCAGCGUCCAACACUUUAGCCUGUACUUGGACAAGGAUCCCACAGAUCCGCAGGCACCCGCCAUACGCUCGGCCGUUGCCCACCUGCUGAAGGAGAGAGACUGGCACCGCCAGCGCCUCAAGCAAACCACGUGACAGGUUUUUACAUAGACCUAUGUGGGGGGUGAUAUGCAGAAAUGGUUAUGUUAUGUCAGUAAUGUAGUGGUGUUGAUGAAGGCUGCAUUGCCACGCUGGACUUAGCAAACAGGACUUGGCCCAUACUUGUGCUGGACUCAAGCAAGCCCCGGAUGACCCCAACAAAGCUGCCUGUGCACCCAUUUAGACUCUCACAUUUGAUUGCUUUAUCAUUACAUCUUCUUUUCCACCCCCUCCCUACCCAUGCAGCUUUUAAUGUACUGAUUAUUUUUGCCUUGGCCGCCGCACCAUUUCUCUCUUUUUUUUUUCUCACAUUAGGAAGACAAGAUUGAGGGAAACCCAAUUUAGGGGCAGAAAUGGAGGAUUAGAGCAGCUGUUUAAUCUAGGACAGACUUGCACUGUGCCACCCAGUCCACUCUACAUGCCGAGUGCUUGCCACCCAUCCCCUGUCCAUCAAUCAGUCUAUCUUAGAUGGUCUUUUAAAUGUUUUAAACUAAUGGAUUCGAUUAGGUCCCCCAUCCCUUUUUCUCUUCCAAGAGUCCUGUAAUCCUCCACGGAUUUAACUGAAAUAUAAAAUGUCACAAUGCCAAAGACCCUUUUAAAGGUGUGUAUAUGCGUGCACAAA